UGGUGACGUCCGGAGUGUUCUGCUGGUGUCAGAAACAGACGGAAAAAGAAAUCUCCAGGAACACAGGAGUUUCCUCGGCUGGUUUAUCUGAGAAUACACAAACCGUGCCUCGCUAGCGGAGCGGCCUCUGACCGACUCCUCCUAGAUUAGAAGGUUUUUUACCGAGUUUGCUUUCGGCGGACAAACGUUUAUUCUCAGUUUCUCAUCUGACACCACCUCGACACAACAAAGGCUGAAGACAUGGUGUCUUGGAUUAUUUCCAGGAGCGUAGUGCUGCUUUUUGGGACACUCUAUCCUGCAUAUUACUCCUAUAAAGCCGUCAAAACCAAAAACGUCAAAGAAUAUGUGCGGUGGAUGAUGUACUGGAUCGUAUUUGCUCUGUACACUGUCGUGGAGACUAUCACAGACUUGACAGUGGCAUGGUUUCCUCUGUACUAUGAGCUGAAGAUAGCUUUUGUCAUCUGGCUGCUGUCCCCCUACACUAGAGGAGCAAGCCUCAUCUACAGGAAGUGUCUGCAUCCUCUGCUGUCCUCCAGAGAGAGAGAAAUAGAUGAAUAUAUAGUCCAGGCCAAAGAGAAGAGCUAUGAGACCAUGGUGAACUUUGGGAAGCAGGGACUGAGCAUUGCAGCAACCGCUGCGGUCAGCGCUGCUGUCAAGGGUCAGGGGGCCAUCACAGAAAAGCUGCGCAGCCUGAGCAUGCAUGAUCUGUCACAGAUUGACCAGCAGGAAGCCACAGGAAACCAGCUGUUCCAGUACAGCUCCCACUCAUCCAACCCUGCAGUCAGGAGAACCCAGAGGUCCGACACCGCCGCCAGAGACGAGUACUACUAUGACCAGGAGGACCGGACAGAUGAAGAGGCAGAGCCAACCUUCUCCGAGGAUGAGGCCGUCAGUCAGAAAGGACUGAGGAGAUCGCAGAGUGUAAAGAUCACCAGAUCUAGACUCCGCAAAGAUGCUCGGUACGGCUCUCUGAAGAUUAAAAACAAGAAGAGACCUGCUCUGAGCUCGCUGAACUCAGGAGUGUGAGCAGACUCCUGCUGGUGUGUGCGGCUAGGUGCUUCUCCUUCACUCUUGGAGCUGAGCUUUCUGGUGACAUAUUUAUUACCUGGACUUCCUUAUCCAAUUUCUUUGUCUUUUUUUUUACACAGUUUAGUAAAAAAUGUUUUUUUUUACCUGAUAUGUUUCAUCUAGUAUCUUUAGCCAUCAUCAAAGUUCGCCGGUGUCGGUGGCGUCACUUCCUUUUAUCUGCGGGCAGCAGAGGACGGUGUCGCCCUCUACUGCCCGCUUCCUCCUUGCUGAUGACACUGUCCAAUGCGUGAUCGAGUGUGAAUACGCCAUCUACUCGGUUCAUGGUUUUGUGCCCAUGUCUCUUUAUUCCUUUGGCCUUCUUGGUCCAUCUUUAGUAUUUUUGUUGCUCUGUGUUUAUGAUCUUUACACCGUCCCAGUCCAUUAUAUGAUUUUCUCUUGUGCAGCUGAUUUCUGCUUUUUGUCUGGCUGCUCUUGUAUGUCCUCGACUUGUUUCCCUCUCGCACGCUUCUUCACGCUUUGAUUUUUGUGUGUUGAGUUGGCGUCCGGUUUCUCCUGUGUAUGUUUUAUUGCAGAGUUUGCGUGGUAUUUUGUUUAUGACUCCACAUCUUGUAUUUGCUGAUAUAUUUUCCUUUGGGUGUACUAGUCUUUUUCUGACUAUUGUGUUAGGUUGUGUUGGUGUGUUGAUAUUAUGCUUUUUCAUUGUUGUGAUUAUUUUUUCUGUUAUGCCUUGGAUAAGUGGAAGGGUUAUUACUGGUUUUGGUUCUGGUCUUUCUGUGUUCCUGCUUCUUCUUUUUAGUUUGUUUUUCUUUUCUGUUGUUGUUUGUAGUUUUCCUUUUUGUAUUGCCCAUGUUGGGUAUUCACAGGUUUUUUAAUGCGCUUUUUAUUUAUUGGUCCUCUAGUUUGCUAUCUUGUUCUUCUGUUAAUUUAAAAAGGAAGUGACAUCACCAUCACCUGCAGUCUCUGAUGAUGGUUAGAGAUACUAGCUGAAACAUGUUAGGGGAAAAAAACAAUUUUUUACUAAACAGUGUAAAGAACGAACAAGAAAAUGGAUAUUCAUUACCUCUUUCAGACCAAACCAGAACCAGCAGCUGUGACAGACAUUGGUCUCAGAGCUUUAUGGUGUACGUGGCUUUCUCUGGCUCCCGUUUUUAAAUUAGGAUUCUUAAAAUUGAUUUGUCAUUUGUACCGCUUUCACACAAAAUAUGUCAAUAGGCCAAUAGAGUUGAGCUAAUGGCGUUAAUGUUACUUAAAUGUUUUACUUUUAGAAGCUUUUUUCAAUCAUUAAUAGGAACUAAAAUGCAGCAAGUUCUUGAGCUUAAGUAUGGACUCAGGUGCGUUCAUCAUCUGGGUGGAUAAGUCAUCAGAUGGGUUUUAAUGUUUCAUGUACAGAUGUACAAAUUGCAUCUUAUGCUUUUAAAAUCUGUUUGCCUAAAAUAAAACCUCAUGUGCACCUGGAGGUGAACAUGUGACAGGAGAUCUUCUGUGAUGUUCUCCUCAUACAUUCAUUCUGUUAAGACUCCCCUCUUUGGAACAAGGUGCCAGUUCUGCUUUUGCUGCCUUCCACUUAAUCCACCUGUCUAACCCCUACUGCACACUGGAAGCAAAAGCGGCGCGGUACGGCACGACAAUCACUCCACUCAAGUGUUUAUGUUUAUGUAUUUAGCAGACGCUUUUGUCCAAAGCGACUUACAAGUGAUAAUCGGCAUGUUGCCCUUGAGGCUAACAACAAAAAGAACAACAACUCAAUGUCAAGUGCACAUUGGCAGUCUCAGCAGCGAAGCGGCUUCUCUGCCGUGCUCCUCGCUUGACUCGUGAGAUCACAAUAUCCCUCGAGGUUUCCCCCAGCCUCCUCACGAGAUCACACGAUCCCUUGAGACUUCAAAGGUUACGGUUUGAAUAUGCCAUCCGCCAUUAAACCAAAAAGAAGGAAAUCACAUUUCAUGUCACUAAAGUUAUAUGAUGAUGUUCCUCUCCAGUGCCAGGAAUAAACCUGUGAAAUACACGCCGCUGCACUUCUGGAACGAUGCUGUGAGUAAGCUGUGAGGUCACACUUAAGCUUCAUAUAAAUGGAACUGCAUCGCUGCAAUACUUUUAUUUUUAAAAUGACCAGGGAUUUUACACUGAAACUGUGUGUGAUUUCCUGUCUAGCCCAAUGUUAACUGCGGAAACUGAUGUAUCCCAGAAGUGACUCAUGGAAAAAUAGAACCUGAUCCUAUCUUUAGCAGUGUGCCACCUCUGGGACAAAUUGCCGCGUUGCAGCUGGUUUGUUACACUCCAUAAUGGAUUCUAUUUGAAGCAGUGAUGUUUCUGUUACAGGCCAAUUUACCGGGCUAGCUCCACUCUGCUAGAUGUUACUAAUAUCUCAGGGUUUGACUUGUAAUCGAUGUAGUGAGCGUGACAAUGCCAGCUACCAACAAACACUCUUACUCUGUAGAGUUGAUCAGCAAUCACCACAAACCCAGAGCUUCUAAUUCUGACCAAAACUAGUUCAAGCAGACAAAGAGGAGGUGCAAACACACCUACACACCCUUCCCGUCCAUGAAGCUUAUGUACACUUCAGGUUAAGACCCUUUCCAGCUGUUCCUUUUAUGCUGAGGAGACAACUGACUUUACCUGUAGCCUAGGAUGGAGGAAACACUUAUAUCAAUUACACCUUGGGAUGGCAUUUACAACCAGCAUCUCACCUUUGCUCGGUUACCGACAGGAGGAGACCCCACUCGUAAAUCCUUUUUUCAUUUUAGAAUCCGCGGAAAUAGGUUUUAUUUCACACAGAUGAAAAAAGAAUAAUAAUCCAAACGAAACCCAGACAAAGCGUGUAAAAAAGUGAAACAACUCUUUGCCAAUAAACCAAGUCAUAGCAAAGUUGAGCUGAAAAAUGACACUAGGUCAGAUUAUCACAGACAAAAAGCUCAAAGCAAAAGCUUCCUUCUUUCCAUCUCUGUACCUCACAAACUCUUCCUAUCAAAAGGCCCUCUCCUCCUAGAAAAUCUCAAAAGCCUUUCUCCAAAAAGCUCAGUCCAUGACUGACUGACUCUCACUUCAUCCCAUCAAGCUCAACUCUUGAACAGACCCAAUAUCUUCCUUUUAUGUUCCAUGUUCAGCGCCUUGGGCUUCCUGACAGGGUUGCGGAAGGCGCUUUAUAAAUAAAGCUUUGAUUGAUUGAUUGAUUUUAUUCACUCUGUCCCCUCCCUCACAGUCAUUUCUUUGUUUGCUGCUUCAGACUUCCUGGUCACGUGUUCCUCUUCUUCUUGUUACUUCUCCAACGGCCCCAAAGAGACCGUAAUUCUUGGAUGUCAUGAUGUCACCUUUUCUUCUCCCAGUCUUCAUCCGUUCACAUGUUUCUUCUUCUCAGCACCUCCUGCAGGCUUCCUUUCUUCUCCUUUGGGAUUACAUCACCUCCUCUCGUAGCCAUUGGUCAGUAGAGGGAGACGUGCGGUUACCCCUCCCUUUUCUUCUUCCCAGGAUCAAAUGGUCAUCUCCAGCAUUAGCUGGACAAGAUGUCUUAUUUAUAUGUUUAUAGCAUCUUGACCAACUCCACAGCGGAUAAGAUAACAUACAUGCUUACUCUCAACAUCUGUUCAGGUCAAAACAGGUUAUAUCCACAACAUGAAUCGUUUGACCAUAUCAGCAGAGUGAAGGCACAUCACUAAUUUAUGACAUCACAGUUCAGGGGGCUAGAAGACUGCCUGGACACACACACACACACGAUAAGAGAAGGUAACAGGCCUUUAGCUUGGUUUCACACACACACGAAUACACCUUGUAGAGCCUAGAAUUGAUUUCACAUAAUGAGAGACAUAAUCCAGACUUAAUUCCAUACAUUAACAAGUCUGAUUAUAUUCCAUACAACAGUUUCGCUGCCAUUCCACUCCGCUUUUGCUUCCAGUGUUCAGUUGGCAUCAGUUUUUGGUUGUAUCUCACAACACUAAGCAGGAUUAGAUGUGACCUGUAGGGACUUGGUCCAUAAAAGAACUUCUAUAGAAGGACGGUGUUUAGGUUCAGCAGGUUUCUGACACUAAACUUCAGCUCUCGUGUACUCACUAUUUUCAUUCCAUGCCUUUCACUUCUGUGUUUUAUAAAAUGUGUGGUUGUAAAUCUCUCGCUGUAAUUCGUACUUUUAUCUAAGAUGCUUUGAUGAGGAGUUUUUUGUAUUAUGACUACCAGAUUUGCACAUAAACAUGGUUCCAAAUGUCAUCUAUCUAUGCUGUGGCUCAGCACCUCGGAGGCUCCUUGUGAUUUAGCAGAGAAAGUGUUAAAUGUCUCAUCAGUAGUGUGGUUUUGCAGACCCAAUCAGGGUGUUCAGUAGGGUUGGGAAUCGUAAACCGGUUCUUGUUGAGAACCGGUUCCCAUUUGUUCAAUUCCUAUGAAUCGUUUGCCACUUUUGCAAACCUUAUCAAUUCCGGCUGGCACGAAUGAUGUAACCACGCACUUAAAGCUUACGGAAGCAGAAAACAUGGCGUCAGCAGCACAGACGCUCGAAAGUUUGGUUAUAUUUUACAAGAAAGCAUGACAACGGGGUAACUUGCAAUAAUUGCAAAGUAGAUAUUUCAUCAAGGGAGGAGGCACUACGAAUAUACAGCAUUUUGGGCACAAAAUACGCUAAAACUUAAAAGUUAUUGAUGUGUUUUGACCCACUCUGGACUAGUGAAUAUCAGCGCAGCAGCAGCAGCGGUGACGUUCGCAUAUGUCCUCUCCUGUUUAUACUGCAGGCCUAAUGACUAAUCAACUAACACUGUUUAUCAUGUUAGCCUGGUUUACCUCAUAUACACACCUCCACACUAGCAGACUCCAGCGACAAGGGUCUGACCUGUGGUGAGAUUUUUGCCACUCUAAAAGCUACAGUAACACUGCACCGAACAAGAAAAUGACUCUGCCUUCACAGGGAGCAUAAAGGAGAACAUUUGGAAAGAUGCUUCCAACUGAUACAGUUACAACUGAUUAUCAUAAAAAAACUGACAGUUAUAUUGCAGGAGUCAGUUAGUUUUUUUCCCACCUGUUUAACUGGAAUUGAUAAGAGAAUUGAUAGGGAAUUUGAUCGAUAGGCAGAAUCGACAAUGCCAUUGAUAUUGAUAAUAACUUAUCAAUUCCCACCCCUAGUGUUCAGCAGAAAAAAGCUGCAUGUCCCGAAAUGAUGAAUGAUACCAAAGCUUGAGCCUGUGUGCUAGUGUUUUAUUUGUGCUGAUAAAAUGAGGCAUGUGGUUUGCUGAAACUUGUAUACAAAUAAAGGGUUAUGGAAAAACAA